AUGAAAAAUUACUGUAGCAAAUUUGUCCAUAAAUGCCACAAGUGUCAAAUUCAUGGAGACCUGAUAAAGGUCCCUCCAACAGAACUAAAUGCUAUGACGUCACCUUGGCCAUUCGCCGCUUGGGGCAUGGAUGUCAUAGGACCGAUGGAGCCAGCUACGUCAAAUAAAUAUCGUUUCAUUUUGGUCGCCAUAGACUACUUUACCAAGUGGGUGGAAGUGGCAUCUUAUUCAUCGGUGACAAAGAAAGUGGUCACAAACUUUGUACGCAACAACAUCAUAUGCCGAUUUGGCAUCCCAAAAUCAAUCAUAACAGACAAUGGGGCUAACCUGAAUAGCCACUUGAUGAAAGACAUGUGUGCGCAGUUCCGGAUCACUCAUCGGAAUUCAACUGCAUAUCGACCACAAAUGAAUGGGGCUGUGGAAGCCGCCAAACAAAACAUCAAGAAAAUCCUCCGAAAGAUUAUUGAUAACUACAAAGACCGGCAUGAACAGUUUCCUUAUGCAUUACUAGGAUACCGCACUACUGCCAGGACUUCAACUGGAGCCACCCCAUACCUGUUGGUGUAUGGCACUGAAGCAGUGAUACUAGUCGAAGUAGAAAUCCCUUCACUUUGA